AUGUCCCUCAUUGACAAGGACGAGGCCCCUCCCAAUGUAGCUCAUCGAGGUAAAAAUGAGUCCAUUAAGGCUCUCGAUAGAACGUCAGUGCAUCGCAUCACUUCCGGGCAAGUUGUCGUAGACUUGCAGACAGCGGUGAAAGAGCUGGUCGAGAACAGUCUCGAUGCGGGCGCCACCAGUAUAGAGGUUCGCUUCAAAGACUACGGUCUUCAAUCAAUCGAAGUUGUCGACAAUGGCUGUGGCAUAGCUGAGCAGGACUGGGAGAGUGUUGCAUUGAAACACCAUACUUCGAAGUUAUCGUCGUUCUCAGAUCUGUCAACCAUCCGUACCUUCGGUUUUCGGGGAGAAGCACUGUCAUCUUUGUGCGCGCUGAGCGACAACGUAACAGUCACUACCUCGACUACCGAGAGCGCACCUAUGGGAACCGUUCUUUCGUUUGACCGCGCCGGUCGAUUAAAGGGCACCUCGAAGAUCGCCAGGCAACGCGGGACUACAACGCUCGUGAGCGGUCUAUUUAGCCCCUUGCCUGUCAGAAGGAAGGAGCUCGAGAGAAACGUGAAACGAGAAUACGGAAAGGCUCUCGGUCUUCUCAAUGCCUACGCGCUCGUACCCUGCGCAGCAGAAAACAAAGGGAUUCGAUUAUCGGUUUACAAUCAGCCGAAGGGAGGGAAGAAAUCUGUGCAGAUCCAGACUACUGGAGCUCCUAGCACACGAGCCUCCAUAUCUGCUCUGUGGGGACCUAAAGCGCUGGAGAAUCUAGUUGAUCUGGAUAUCCAACUCGACGUCACUAUAGAUAAAGUUGCACGCAAAAGGAUCUCGUCCGGAGAGGAUGAUCCAGCACCCGAAUAUACUCAUGUUGGUAUUCGUGGUUUGAUAUCGAAGUUCCAGAUAGGAUGCGGUCGUACAGGAACGGAUAGGCAAUUCUUCUUCGUUAAUGGUCGCCCGUGGAACCCCGGAAAGGUACAGAAAGCUUUCAACGAGGUGUACCGCUCGUACAAUAUUCAUCAAUCGCCUUUCAUUGUGGCCGAUUUUCUUUUACCCGGCAAUACAUGUGAUAUAAACGUGAGCCCGGAUAAGAGGACCAUAUUUAUUCAUAGCGAAAUUAACCUUAUACAAGCCUUGAAGGUAAGUCCAUGCGAAUAA